AUGAAGUUAAAUUCUAUUAUUUUGAUCAUUUCAUGUUGGUUGACAACAUUUACCUUAGGUCAUAAUGUCCUAUUACCAGCUUAUGGUCGUCGUUGUUUCUUUGAAAAAUUAAGUAAAGGUGAUGAAUUUUCCGUAUCUUUCCAAUUCGGGGAUAGAGAUCCACAAUCAUCAAAUCAAUUGACUGGUGAUUUUGUCUUAUAUACACCCGGUAGAACUCAAGUUUUACAAAGUAUUGUCAAUCAAGCUCAUGGUGAAGUUACAAUUUCUGCUCCUGAUGGUGGUAAGUUUGAAUAUUGUUUCAUUAAUGAAAAUUCAAAUGUUCAAACAAAAGAUGUCACUUUCAAUAUUCAUGGUACUGUUUAUGUCAAUGUAGAUGAUCCAAAUAAUGAAUCUUUGGAUGGUUCCGUUAGAACUUUAUCAAAAUUGAUUAAAGAAGUUCAAAAUGAACAAAGUUAUAUUGUUAUUAGAGAAAGAACUCAUAGAAAUACAGCUGAAUCUACUAAUGAUCGUGUUAAGUGGUGGUCAAUUUUCCAAGUUGGUGUUGUUGUUGCCAAUUCUUUGUUCCAAAUCUAUUAUUUGAAAAGAUUCUUCGAAGUUACUUCUUAUGUUUAA